AUGGCGAAUGUCGAGAAGAAUAUGGAGAAAAAUGCGGCAGAUAUGGAAGGAAAACUCGAAGCAGUAAAUAAUGAAGUAAGAGGAUUGAAAACAGCUUUGAUUGAAGGUUUUGAUGAAGUGAAGGAUGUUUUUGUCAAGAUGGAGGACAAGAUGGAAGAAAACACAAGAAAAGUAAGAAAUACAGCAAGUGGUGAUAAGGAAAAUAUAAUUGUUGCUGGAGGUCGAGGAACCGACUCUGUAGAGAUGUUUAAACUGGCGUCAAAGUACAUGGUCCCCAUUACAAUCCUUGCCAAAGAAGCGUUGGGGAGCAACUUCAUUUGUUUGCAACAAUCAUGUGACAAUUGCUGGAGGCAACUCAAUUGCUGGAGGCAACUCUACCUGCUAAGUUGGCAUGCCACAGCAGUGUGCUGUAUAAUGAUUACUUGA